UCUCCAUUCGCAUUAUUGCAUUGCACGACACACUUGACUGCAUUACACAAACAGCGCCGAACGCCGCCAGCAUCGCGCACAGGUCGACCCCGACACACUCGCUACAAGCUUAGCCGGGCACGCACCGCACGGCCCCCGCCAGCGACUACCCACCCCAGGUCCGACCGACCGACCGGGACUCGAGCGCGUCUCUGUCUCUUCCACCUCUCCUUCGUCCCACACGACGGCCAUGUUCCGCAACCUCCCCACGCUCAAGUCGCUCCCGCAGGCGAUCGGCCUGCCGUUCCUCUCGUCGCAGGAGGACGCGCUGCUGACCUUCAAGGCUGGCGUGAACGGCGUCAAGCGUCUCUCUGGCGACGAUGUCAUCCCGCUCAGCGACGAGGCCUACUGGAGCCAGUACUGGACCCUCUUCAGCUCAGCCGCCGACGUGUACAACAUUGUCUCGGCUGCCGACGUGCGGCAGGCGCUGAGCGCCAACCCGACCAACGUCGCCAACCUCGUCGAAGUGCUCUCGCAGCACCUGUUCGCGCUGAUCCCGUCCGACGGCUUCCCGAGCUCCACCACGCCCGCAGAGACGGGCAAGGUGGCCAGCACGACGCAGGUGCUCAACUGCCUGCGCGUGCUGGGGCGCGUCAUUGUCAUUGUGUACGAGGCGCAGGCGGACGGCGUCGCCGACCAGACGUGGGCGGACCUGCACCUCUUCUCGCGGAAACGCGUCAAGCGCGAGGCGCCGGCCGCGGCAGAGGAGAACCAGUUCACGAUUGCUGACGACGAUGACGACGACGAGGACGACGAGACGGACGCGCUCAACCCCCGCAAGCUCAAGGCGUCGCUCAACGACCCGCUGUCCAACCCCACCCCUGCGGCCGCAGAGGACGAGGACGCCAACACCGAGCUGCUGCCGUCGCUGGCCGACCGCCUCUUCUCGGUCGUGAUCGACCUGCUCUUCUGCGCCGGGUUCAGCGUGCCCGAGUCGGUGCGCGGUGUCGCCGGCACAGGGGACAAGAUCAACUACAUUAUCUGGGAGAAGGGUGUGGGUAGCACCGUUUCGCUUGGGUCGACGCCCGAGCUCGACCGCAACAAGGUCGAGGUGCUCCGCUUCCUGCUCGUGCUCGUCUCGAUUACGAUCUACACGCCGCCGUCGGCGCUGCAGACGACGCCCAACCCGCCCCUCGCGCACAUGACACACGACCUAGAGCGCCGGCUUGUCCUGUCCCUGCUCUGCUCGCUGCUCAACACGUCGCUCGCGACGCAGAAGCCCGACGCGACGAGCUCGCUGCCCUACGCCAACCUCGUGUUCCGCGCGUCCGACGAGCGCCGCACCCUCGUGCGCACAUGUCUCAUGACGCUGCUCGUCGCGCUCGACUACCGCAGCUUUGACGACGUGCCAGGUCUGCCCCCUCCCCCGGGCGGCCCGCCCGCCGACGCCGCCAAGAAGGACGACAACGCGUUCCGGUUCUUCAUCUCCAAGCUCCACCGCAAGGACGACCUCGAGUUUGUCCUCAGCGGCAUCCUUGGUAUUUUGGAGGAGCACCACGCGGUGCAGAGCGGUUACCUCCCCGGCAGCCGGCAGCCCAUCCCCUAUGUCCUGGAAGCGUUCAUGCUCCUCUGGCGUCUGGUCGACCUAAACAAGCGCUUCAAAGCCUACCUCUUCGAAUCCGGCAAGGCCGUCGACAUUGUCGGCUACAUCAUCCUUUGCUGCCUCGAGUACAAGAACGACCCCGCGCAGCACGGCCUCCUCCGUCUCCUGGCGUACUUGCUGCAGACGCUGUCAGUCGACCCCGGAUUCGGUACGGCCAUCAACCAGCCGCUCCGCCAGGCAGUCCCCUCCAAGUGGGCCGUCCAGGGCAGCACCGCCGACUUCAUGAUCACCUCCAUCUACUCGAUCGCCACGACGCCGGGACUCAACCCCCUGUUCCCCGCGCUCACCAUUGCCAUUGCCAACUCGGCGCCGUCGCUCCGCCACCUCGGUGUCCAGGCGUCCACGCGCCUGAUGCAGCUGUUCAAGGCAUUCUCAUCACCCAACUUCUUGCUCGCCGACGAGGGCCACCCACGACUCGUCUACUACCUGCUCGAGACGUUCAACUCGGUCUUGUACCACCAGCUGAGCGAGAACCCCAACCUCGUGUACGCUAUCCUGCAAAAGCACCAGGACUUCCAGACCCUGGCGACAUUUACUCUCAUGUCUGGCCUGCGCGACAUUCAGCGGCGCAAGAACCGCAUCGCCGCCGCCGAGGAGCGCAACGCGCCGGCUCGCCCCGGCCUUGUGCGCACCAACUCGGAGCUUGCCAUGCUGGCUGAGAAGGCCGCACUGCUCGGCCGCGAGAUUGAUGACGACGAGGGCGAGGAGAGCAGUGGGCCAACUGUUCAGCUCACGUCGCCAACCGGUGGCAUCGUCGACCCGGCGCCGAAUCCGAUCGAGGGCGCGUCCUCACCAAAGCGCAACUCCGAGUCUUCGCCUGCAGCCCCUGCCUCGAGCGAGUCUACGCCCACCAAGGCGGGCCUGUCAGAGAAGGCACGGGGCAAGAUGCGCGCCACCGAGCCGGCGUCCGAUUCUGCCACCGACGGAGAGGGUGACGUGCCGGACGAGGAGCUGCUCAAGCUUGCUGCUGCUGGUGUCGGCCCCAACGGCUACGUCCCGACGCAGGAGUGGGUCACGAGCUGGCAGAAGGGCCUUCCCCUCGACCCUGUUCUCGUUGCCAUCUCCGAGCUGCUUCCCAAGAUCCAGGACUCGUUGCCUGUGCAGGGUGCGCCGUCGGCCAAGGUGUUCAACAUCCUCAAGGGCGCGUCGCUCGAUGACGUGCUUCCACCGGCUGCGCCGUUCAUCCCGCGCAAGUUCCAGUGGUCGCCCCAGUCGUGUGUGUGGCUCACGUCGCUGCUGUGGGGUGAUGUGUACGUUGCCAACUUGACGUACAUUGGCGCAUGGCGCGAUACGUCUGUGCGGCUGUUUGGUGUCAAGCAGGCACCAGUCAAGGGGCGGGCCGCGCAGGUGGACCGGAUGUUGAAGAUGAUUGGUGUGGCGUGAGAGGCGACGGCGUAGCCGGCGCCAGUGCCGAGGGCACAGACAGAUGUCGCCGAGGUGGAGUG